CCAAGAUUUGCAUCUUCGCCGCCACCUGACUGUCAGAAAUCUCACUAAGUUUUAUAAUGCUUACAAAAUGAAUAAAAUAUCGUCUGUAUCACCCCUGGCUGAUUUAAAAUUGUGUCGGUUUGAUCCAGUUUUCAAGACAAACAGCCAAUAUAUCUGCUACAAAUAUGAAAGGUGUUGUACGCAAGGAUGCUGUUCAACUUACGGGAUUUACAACACCCAGUCUUGGUAUUUCUGGAUAAUCAUUGCUAUAAUUCUCUUAAUAUUCUACUUGGGUUCUUGGUACUGCAAAAAAAUGGAUAUGAAACCAAAAAGGAGGCUGCAAGUAGACCAGAGUGCAAACAGGAGCUCUUCUUCUAGCUCGAAUUCUUCUCCAAGAGUUUCUCCUAAUCGGAGGCCCAAUGAGGGCAACGUAGACCAUUUAUUGAACUACCUCAUUAGCUGUAGACUUCAGAACGUUAACGAAGUUCCGCCGAGACGCAGUACAAACUCAGAACCGCCUCCGAAGUACCAGGAAGCCCUUAGUAUGCCAAAACUUGUCCGUAGCAACGUUCAGAUUGUGCAAAUUCACGCAGAUGCUAACACUUCGACAGCUCAAACUCGAAAUGGGUGGAGUUGCGGUGAAAUUCCACCGACUUACGAGGAUGCCGUCCAAAUUUCUGUUGAACCUAGAAAUACGCAGGAUAAUGUCUAAUAAUAAUAAAAAUCAUG